AUGCCUAAAUCACCGUCGAAGCAAAAGUACGAUUUGCAAAAGAGAAACGAGAAGGACAUCCAAGGAAAGAAACGGCGCGUUGAACUAAGGAUUCAAAAAGAAAACACCCGUAGAAAACAAAUCGCCUAUGAAUAUGGACUACCGGAGACUGCCAAGUUUUUUUUUGUCAAUAAGAAGUCCAAAGAAGAACUUGUCUCUGCGCCGAUGAAGAUAUUCAGCCAUGGUACUGUGGUUCUUGUUGACAAAACCACUCUUGACCUGCUCUUGAUUGCCCGGUUCAACAAUUUUAGUGAUAUGCAUCCAGAGCUCUAUGCAUUAUUUCAAUCAUCAAUCUCCACCUUUUAUCUACAUGGUAUUUCCAGAGGACAUGUCACCAACAACGGUGCUUUACAAGGAAUUAGAAAGUAUGGUGACAUGAGAGCUUUAGGUUGGCGCUGUGGAGCUGGCAUAGCUGCGGAUGCUGGAAAGGAUGUUGGUCACUAUGCCCUCAACCAUGCAACAUCUCAUUCAGAGGACAGAAUCUGGCUUGACAUUGAGCGCAGCUUCCUCCAUCUUCCUUGUGCCAAAGAUUUCUGGGCAGAGAGAUUCGCCACUCUAUCCAUGACAGCAUUCGAAGCAAAUUCCAAAAUAGCAGCUAAUGGACAUGUUCCCUCUUUUGAUUCUCCUGACUGGGAGACAUCAGCCAACGACUACUCAGUUGGUAUCAACUUUGAUGAAUGCAACGGUGUAGUUGAGAUGGUCUGGAAUACCCAGGUCAAACACUUUACUCUCAAGUCGAGCACCAAAAAUGGAUUGGGCCGCAAAAUUCCUCCGUCAAAGGCUCCAUUGACACGAUUUGGCUCUUCAUGUCAAGUAUCUUCUAAAUUGGUGAAUAUGGGGAAGGCCCUGAUGUUGAAAAAAGAGAAGAUGUCCAGUGAGGAAUGGGAAUUGUACACCCAGGAUCGUGUCAAAGGCUAUGACCAGCAGGUCCAGGUCAAACUGGACAAGUUGUAA